AUGCCUCUUCGACGCCUGGAGUUGUCAAACUUCAAGUCAUAUAGAGGUCAACAAGUAAUUUCAUUUGGCGAUGCGCCGUUCACAUGUAUCAUAGGACCCAAUGGUGCUGGUAAAUCCAAUUUGAUGGAUGCCAUCUCUUUUGUCUUAGGCGUGAAAUCAGCCCAACUUCGAUCUACACAGUUGAAAGAUUUAGUAUAUCGAGGAAGAAGAGCCGCUCAGAUCGAAGGAGAGGAAAUGGACAUUGAUGAAGAAACUCAGACUCAAACUCAAACUCAACAGAGUGGUACCGAAAAUGACGCUAGAACAGCUUGGGUAAUGGUAGUAUAUGAAGAUGAGCAAGGGAAAGAAUGGUCUUUCAGACGAAGUAUCUCAGCAGCCGGUGCAUCCUCAUACUUCCUAAAUGGGAGGAGUGUAGCUUGGAAAGACUAUAAUGGACAAUUGGAGAAAUUCAAUAUUCUCGUUAAAGCAAAGAAUUUCCUUGUCUUCCAAGGUGAUGUAGAAGGUGUCGCGAGUCAAGAUAGCAAAGCUCUUGCAAGACUUAUAGAUCGAAUCAGCGGUUCUCUCGAUCUCGCUCCCGCUUAUGAAACUGCUAAAGCUUCUCAAGACAAAGCUACAGAAGCAUCAACCGCAAAUUACGCCAAGAAAAGAAGUAUCAUCACUGAAGUCAAGCAUUUUAAAGAACAAAAAGAUGAAAUCAUGCAAUGGGAGAAAAUGAGAGAUGCUAAAGACGCUCUUGUUCAACGGCAUGCUCUUUGGAAACUUUAUCAUCUGACUAACGAGAUCAACGAGUCGACUCAAAAGGUAGAGGAAGCAAGUAACAAAUUAACGGAGCUUCGUCAAUCAGCUGAUCGAGACGAGCGCACGCUCCGUGACGUGAAGAAAGAGCAAGCUCAAGCUCAAUUGACAGUGAAGAAGAGAGAAGCAAGUGUUAAGAAGGCAGAAAAGGCAUAUGAAGAUAAAAAACCCGAACUGGUUGCAGUACAGACUCAAAUAGCUCAUUCAGAGAAGAAGAUCAAUAAUGCUACAAUCUUAGCUGAAAGGGUACAGAAAGAUGAGACCAGACAAGCGGAGAAUCUGACAAACCUAGAGAAGGGUGCUAAAGAUAUCGAGACCAGGAUGGAAGAAGCAGGAGAGAGACAGAGGCAGCGCAGUCAAGCUGCUGGUAUCACCCUCUCUGGUGCUGAUCUAGAAGAAUACCGACGACUACGAUCUUCUGCAAAUUCACAAGCUGUCCAAGAACGUCAACAGCUCGAAACUCUUCGACGUCAACAGAAAACCCUUCAAGAUGGGCUUUCAUCCUAUGAAGACAGGAUACAACAAGCUCAAAGACAACGAAUCAAGGUUUCCGGAGAGAUCGAUACCCUGGCUGAGCGAGAAGAGGCCCUUACUGCGGACAGGGAGAGAAUAAAAGCUCAAUUGGAUCACGCUCAAGCUGAAAGACGAAGAAUCAACAUGCGAGAGACAGAAAUAAACGAACGAUUACAAGAAACGUACAACAAGCUCCUUCAGGCCGGUGUUGACAAGCGAGAAACUGAACGAGAAGCCAAACUCAAGGAAACCAUUGCUAGUCUCAAGAGAGUUUUCCCAGGUGUUCAUGGUCGGGUAGUUGAUCUUUGUCGACCGACGGCUACCAAAUAUGAUGUCGCUGUCACUACAGUCCUCGGAAGGAAUCUUGAUGCCGUGGUAGUGGAGCACGAGAAGGUUGCCAUUGAUUGUAUCGAGUACAUGCGCAACCAACGAGCCGGUCAAGCGACAUUCAUCCCCCUUGACACCAUACAAGUCAGACCUGUCCCAGAGAGACUUCGAAACUUCGUCAAAGGAGCCAGACUUGCCAUCGAUUGUAUAGAAUACAAUCCCAACGUUGAAAGAGCAAUGCAACAUGCUUGUGGUAGUGCCCUCAUCUGUGAUACCAUGGAUAUAGCAAAAUACGUUUGCUACGACAAAGCUCAGGAAGUCAAGGCUGUGACUCUCGAAGGUACAGUCAUACAUCGAAGUGGUCUGAUAACUGGUGGUCAAGGGUCUGGAGGGGCAAGGAAGUUUGAUGAUCGCGAGGUAGAAGGUCUCAACCGACAAAAGGAGUUGUACCUUUCGCAAUUACAAGAACUUCACAGAUCUAAGCCUAAAGAUAAGGCAGAUGAAGGGUUUCUUGAAAGUCUCGCUCGUCUUGAUGCGGAGUCCACCAUCGCGAAGGAUGAGCUGGCCGCCACACGCACACGUCUUAAUGGUCUUCGUGAAGAACUGGAGCAUACCAAUUCGAAUAUCAACAAGCUCACUCCAGAAGUUCAAAAGCGUCAAAGAGACGUAACCAAUGCCGAGAACCGAAGGAGUGAAUUGCUUGACACCGUUCAUACAGUUGAUGACGAUGUAUUUGAGGAAUUCUGCGAACGCAUCGGGGUGGCCAAUAUACGAGAAUAUGAGGAUGUUCAACUCAAGAUCGCGAAAGAGGCUAGUGAAGCGAUGGAAGGCUUCUCAGCCCAGCAAGCCAGAGUAAAGCAUCAAAUCGAUUUCGAAACCACUCAACUCGCAAACACACGUGAACGACUUGCAUCUCUCCAAUCUACAAUAAGCAAAGAGAACCGAAACAUCACAACACUUCAAAGCAACCUCGCCGACAUUGAGUCGUCUCUUGAAGAACUUCAAGGCAAGAUAGAUAGCCAACGUGUUCGACUCGAUGCUGCCAGUGAAGCGUAUGAAGCUAUCGUUACCCGUGUUGAACAAGCUAGAGAUACUGCUCGAAGGACUCAACGUACACUCGAUAAAGCACUGAAAGAGAUCGCUGCAUGGAACGACGAAAUUGAGAGAUCCGGUUCUGAAAGACAUGCCAUCUACAGGAGGUGUAGAUUGGAGGAAAUUGAUUUACCUUUGGUAACAGGUUCUUUGGAUAAAGUCCCCAUUGAGCCCACCAAUUCUCGAGGCGAAGAUGCAAUGGAUAUAGACGACGAAGGAACUCAGCGUGCGGUCGAAACAGAUGACUAUGGAAUCGAGCCAGAUUUCGAUGAUCUCGAAGAAGAAGACAAAGAGGAUAAAUCCGAAGACGUUGGAAGAGAAUUCGAAGCUCAAAUAACCAAGAUGAAAACUGAUUUAGAAAAAGUUGUACCCAAUAUGAAAGCCAUAGAUAGACUGAAAGAUGUCGAAGCUGGAUUGGAAGAAGCUGAAGAUGAAGCUGAAGAGACUAGAAGAGAAAGUAAAAAAGCCAAAGAUGAAUUCCAAUCUCUGAAGAAACGCAGAUGUGAUCUUUUCAACAAAGCCUUCACUCAUAUGUCUGAGAAAAUCGAUAGGAUAUACAAGGAUUUAACGAAAACUCAAAACCAAGUUGGAGGCACAGCAUGGUUCACACUUGAAGAUGCCGAGGAACCAUAUCUGAGUGGAGUGAAUUACAAUACCAUGCCUCCGGGAAAGAGAUUUGCGGAGAUGGAACAGUUAUCAGGCGGAGAAAAGACGAUGGCUGCUUUAGCAUUACUUUUCGCCAUUCACAGUUACCACCCAGCACCAUUUUUCGUGCUUGAUGAAGUUGAUGCCGCACUUGAUGCUACAAACGUGUCAAAAUUAGCUAGAUAUGUCAGGAAUCAAGCUGAUAAGGAAGUCCAAUUCCUUAUCAUCUCUUUGAAGAGUACAUUAUAUGAAAGAGCAGAUGGGUUAGUUGGUGUAUACAGAGAACAAGAAGAGAAUAGUUCGAGAACGUUGACGUUGGAUCUGAGAAAGUAUGCUACAUAG